AAAAGCGCUGGAUUAUCCCCUUUAAGCGCCGGAUUGUCCAAAGACUCGCGUUAAUUUAAAGACUGAUGUGAUGAAUGUCACCAUUCUGCGUACAAGAGCCAUUCCAGAAAUGCCGGAAGUUGUAUGUAACCAUGGUGAUGACGACAAAGCUAGCUUCUCUUUUCAAUACUGCCUGAAUUUCUGAUAUAUCUUGUUUUUAUUAAAUGAAAUAAAAUGAACGGUGAUGAAAUGGUACUGGAAUGUCUUAUCAAACAACAGGAAAGUCUGAACAUGAGUCAUCGGGGUCUAGUUGUUUUGCCACCUGGUGUUUCGAGACUUGUUGCAUUGAAAAAACUUUUUCUGAACAACAAUCAGCUCAUUUUACCACCAGAUGAGAUUCUGCAUCUGGAAAAGCUUGAGGAACUGAUACUGGAUAGAAACCAGCUGACCAUGCUUCCUAGCAACAUUGGUUUACUGAAACACCUGAGUUACCUGGGUGUAAACCACAACCCAUUAUCUGUUCUCCCAGAAGCCAUAGGUGACCUGAGACAAUUGAGAGAGCUCUGGGCUGUAGGAUGUGGUCUUGUCUCUAUACCAUCAUCUAUUGGUGAACUGAAGAGGUUAGAGAAACUUGGGCUCCAUAAUAACAAAAUUACACACCUGCCGUCGCAAUUUGGGGGUCUCAACAGUUUGCAGUGGUUAAACUUGGCUGAUAAUAAACUUGAAGACCUCCCAGAAGAUGUUAAUCACUUAGCGUCACUGGUCUUCAUGAAUCUGGACAAGAACUGUUUAACACACAUUCCUACUGCACUGACAGACAUGGCAAAUCUGCAGAUCCUGUCUGUUAAAUUUAACAGCAUCAGAUCACUGGAAGAUUACUUAAUCCCUGGUUUCAGCAGACUUUUAAAACUUGACCUCAGAGAAAAUCUUUUAAUGGACAGACCAACUCACUGGAAGGGACUGGAUUUUAUAUUGCUGGGAAAUGUCUGAUACGCUGAGGAAGAUUCAUAUGAGAUAAGUAGAACCGGAAAAUAAGCAUCCAUUUGGGCAAAGAAACAUAUAAACAAAGACAAUCAACUUC